GAUAUUCUGAAAAUGAAGCCCAUGAAUCUCGAGUACAUCUUAGUUAUAUUUCUGAAUCAUGUCGAUUUCGAGCUCAGAUAAGGAAAUCUCAGUUUGUAAAUCCAAAUGUUGAUAAUCAGAUUUUUCAAAAUAUAAGUGGAGAAUGGAUGCUAAGUGAAGAAAUAAAAUGA